UUUCCCACAUUUUUUUUUCUUCUUUCACCGCUAACCACUCAGUACAAAGGAAGCUGCAACAAAGUCCAAAAGCACCUUAACCUCCCUCCAUGCUCUCAAAUCUUUCCACAGAAUCUUCAUCACAAGGUUGAAUUUUCACCAUGGGUAUGGGAAAUCAAGAUGCAAUUAAGCAGUUGCAGUCUUUGUUGGACAAUGUUGAUGAGCAGCAGAAGAUCACAUUCAAGAAUAUGCACCAGGGAUAUCCUGCUGAAACAUUAGGGCGGUUUCUCAAAGCUCGGGACGGAAAUGUUGCCAAAGCUCAUAAAAUGUUAAUUGAUUGUUUAAAUUGGAGAGUGGAAAACGAGAUUGACAAAGUUUUAGCGAAGCCAAUCCCAACGGAGUUGUACAGAGGUGUGCGAGAUUCUCAACUCAUAGGAAUGUCUGGCUACACAAAAGAGGGCCUACCAGUCAUCGCUGUUGGCGUUGGGCUCAGUACAUAUGACAAAGCAUCUGACAAAUACUAUAUACAGUCACACAUCCAAGUGAACGAAUAUAGGGAUCGGGUGAUCUUGCCAACUGCUACAAAGAAGUAUGGAAGAUAUAGUGGCACCUGUGUGAAAGUCUUGGAUAUGACUGGUUUGAGAUUUUCAGCACUCAACCAAUUAAGGCUAUUGACAGCUAUAUCUACGAUAGAUGACUUGAACUACCCGGAAAAAACAGACACAUACUAUAUCGUUAACGCACCAUACGUAUUCUCCGCGUGUUGGAAGGUUGUAAAGCCUCUUUUACAAGAAAGAACAAGGAAGAAAAUCCAGGUAUUGCAAGGCUGUGGCAAGGACGAAUUACUCAAGGUAAUGGACUAUGGAUCUCUCCCACACUUCUGCAAAAAACAAGAUUCCAAGUCAUCGAGACAUAGCGCAGUUGCAUCAGUUACCGAAAACUGUUUCUCCUUCAAUCAUGCAUUCCAUCAACAACUCUAUAACCACGUAAAGCAGCAAGCUAACUCUGCGGAGUCAUCACCACUAAUGAGACAAGAAUCUUUUUAUGUAGACAUACCAGAGCCAGACCCUGAUGAUGCCAAAAUAGCCAAAACCAUUGAAGUCGAGUUCCACAAAUUGGAAAAUCAGAACAACGGAAACAUUGAAGUUGAGUUUCACAAAAUGGAAAUUCAGAAGAAAGGCUUCACUAGCUCGCGAAAUGGUCUUGUUGUUAAUGGAAGACACUGAGAAAGCUUAUGAAGAUUCUGAGCAACUUUUAUUUCUUGAUUUGCUUUAUGAUAUAUAUCUAUUUGAUAUGGAAGAGUAUUGUUAAGAAAUGUGGUUGGGCUUACUUCAACCCUACAAAACCGGCUUCUGGCUUGUAGGAUGAAGAUUGCCCAUAACAUGUUCGGAUCAUAUAUAUUGUCUGAUGAAGACUCUUAACAGUUAUACCCCGUUCUUUAUUAGUACAAAAGGUAUACCAAGUUAUUAUCAGAUGUAAUGUAAUAUUGUAAUGUUUGCAUCAACUCAAAUGCAGACACAAACUUUAAUCUAAUUUCUAUAACUACUUUCAAUGA